AUGGCCCCAGCCACCAGCUGCCCCCCGACCUUCCAGUCUCUAAGAAACAUGGCAUCUUCAUGUGAUGCUGAAGUAAGCAAGAUGCAAAAGGAGGACAAGAAAACAUGCCUCCAUCUCCUGGAGGUAGCCGAGUGCCUGGCCAGCAGACAGUGUUCCCUGACUGGAUCCUACAAGUGUUCUGCUACAGACUUCAUGAUGACGUUCAGAAAUAACUCUGAAGCCACUAGAGACUGGCUCGGCCUGCAAAAUGCAACCCAAGCCUGUGAUGGUAUGUCAGCCCCCCACAGUAUGUGUGAAGAUGUAAGUGCCGCCUUCUGCUUCCUGGAGAAAUGUGCCUCUGGAUCUCUGGAGGAAUUCUUCAAGCUGGACGAGCCCGCUAAGUGCAAUUACCUGUUCAGUAUGAGACCAUGCCUUCAGACCAUGAUGAUGAACGCCGGACAGAGCUGCAAAAUGGAGGAAGUUGUAUUUAUCAUGACCCAGGUGUCGAUAAAAAGCUUGGGCUUCGAUCCAAAACAAUGCCCAAUAGGGGGAAACACAACUGCACCAACAACUCCCAGUACUGUUGAUUACUGCUCUGAUGUUAGAAACUUCAGGAACUUUGAACAGAACUGUAGUGAUGAGAUCACAGCGAUUCAGAAAUCACCAGACUGCAAUGAACUGUUGAAAGUGACGAAAUGUCUGUCCAUUGCGAUGUGUAAUAAUGGAACCCAUCUCUGCGGCAAUGAUGAAAUCAUGGUGGCUCUCCGCAAUGACGAAGACUUCACUAAGAACUGGCUUGGACUUGAAAAUUCAAAAGAGAAAUGUGAUGGCAUGGUUCUCAGUGGUGUCUGUGAAGAUGCUGACAUUCUCACCUGCCAACUGAUGUCCUGCUCACCUGGAACACCUGAACAGUUUGCCGCUUUACCAUCAGAUCAAAAGUGCAGCUCAUGGGGUUCCAUCACCAGCUGCACACUGUCGGCACUGUCUGCUAAAGGGAAGAAAUGCAAUGAAGACGGAGUCAGAAAAGUGACUGGUGACAUUGCUCUGAAGGGCGUCGGACUGGACGUGACAAAAUGUCCCAAAUAAAGAGAAUCCCACCUCAAGAGGAAUUUUAAAGAAGAAAGAAAAACAGUUGAAAGUGAUAUUUACAUAAUUGUAUAGACUAGCAUUAUCAUUGUAUAUACAGAAAGUACAUGUCGGCAGGUACACUUGAGGUACCUGUGUUAAAACAGCAUUCCAAUCCAGUUGUCCAUUACCCAGCAGCCUCUUGAUGACUGAAUCUCAUGAUGUAUUUCUGAGUCUCAGUUGCUGUCAUGACAAUGAUAAUAUUAACAAACAGUUGCUUUACAAUAAUGAUACAAUGAUUCUUAGUGUUACCAUGGCAAUACAGCGAUUUAUGUGUUACCAUGGCAAUGCUGUGAUUAUGUGUUACCAUGGCAAUACAGUGAAUUAUGCAUUACCAUGGUGAUACAGUGAUUGUGUUACCAUGGCAAUACAGUGAUUUAUGUGUUACCAUGGCGAUACAAUGGUAAGUUACAAUGAUGAUGCAGUGAUUUAUGUGUUACCAUGGCAAUAGAGUGAUUUAUGCGUUAAUAUUGUGAUAAUGAUUUCAUAUGAGGUGGGUUUGUUGUUUUGUACAUGUGGUCAGAGGAUUGGACACAGGUGUAAUUGUAAAAGAUGGCCUUGUGCUUGUUUGUCCUUGUGUCCUGUUCAAGUUUACAUUUUCUGAAUAUUUUAUAGAUGUUUCAUGUUUUCAGGUCAUGAAUGAGGAAGCACUUUCCUCAAUUUUUACCCAUUUGAAAUCCAUUAAUUUCACCUGUGUAUAGUUUGUAUCAUGUUAGUGCUGUUGAAAUGAGAACAUUGACAAUCCUGAAGUUUUACACCAACUACACAGAUGCAAAAUUGUGUCUUUUACCUCGGUAGGUUGUGCCUGUUUCAUCAAUGUGAUGGUUUCGAUCUGAAUUAUUUUCAUUUCAGUAAGGUCAAAGCUGACAAACUUUCAAUAGUUGGUCUAGUAUUAUUUUUGGUUGGGUUUGUGUUUUACCCUUGUUGCUGGUCAACUGAUGGGUCAAUACAGGCAGCUUUCUGCAGUUCAGAGAUAUACAGCAAUUUAUCCAGAAAGUUGUAAAGUGUCUUAAAGUACUUUUAUACAUUCAAGUUUCUAAUGUUGUUGCAUAACAUGAUAAAUUUAUUGUACAUAUAUUGAUGCAGAUUUUAGUUCCUAUUUGGAUGACGUAAUACCCGGAUAUCAAAAGAAAAAUAUAUGUGAUCAGUGAAUCUAUUCUUUGAGGAAGUAUUGUACAAUUCAGAUCAAAGUUUUAUGAAUAUAUUUUUAUACAAUAAACAAUAGUUUUACGCACAA